AUGCCCUCCAGUGACUUGAUCUCAAACGAAAGUGAAGGCCAUAGUAUGAUUGGACGGGACGAUCAUCAGUUAAUGGAGCUCGAGGGCCUCCCUUCCUUGCCUCUUGAUCUCCAUGAGCACAAACUCAAGAUAGCCUUGAAUUGGGGCUUCAUAUUGCUCACAUCCUGCAUAGCUCCAUUGGUACUUUAUCCAACUUUACACUGGGCGGCACACCUGGAAGACAAAAUUGCCUUGAGUGUGGCUAGCGCUGUACUCGGAGUGUCAACCUUGUUUUCGCUGGGCAUGCGAACAUGGGAACUACUCAAACCGACAUCAAACUGCCGACCUGCCACGUCAGAAAGCCGCUGGCAUUUCGAUUUCUUCCACUGGAACUAUCUUCUUGGUUUUAUCCUUGUGACAAUCAUCAUCGUGAUUGGCUUGACACACGAACCCCCGAGUGUGCGCAUGGCGGCUUUACCUCCGUGUAUUUUACUCGUUCAAGUCGGCUUCACCCUGGUCAUUGUCGGAAUUCUGGCAAAGCUCGGUUUGCGGCAGCCAUUUGCAGUCUCUUCCAUGCCUGCAGGCACAGUCUUUCGCCCAGGUAUCCUAACGAUUAUCGAAGAUGUCGUUGCGGUAGAUGGUGGUAGAGGCAGGCUAUACCGCUCAGCUCUGAUGGAGAGAUAUAGAGUUAGCUUGCGAUUUCAAAAGCUAAUGGAAGAUCUCAACUGGUUCUGGGGGUUUGGUGGACUGGUCAUGGGCAUUCUCUUGAUAACUAUAAUUUCCAAGGCUCACACCAAUACCUUUGCUUUCGGACUUGGAUGGACGAUCCCGUGGAUUUGGGCUGCUGUCUGGGCGGUCACUACUACUUACUGGGCUAAGCAUGCACUGAAGGAUGAGAAGCGUACUUGGUCCAAAACCCAAAGAAAGAUCGCGGUUUAG